UAUUGCUCGCUAACGCUCGCAAUACUCCUCGCUGCUCUCCUGCCACCUCCCAUCCACCGCAUCACCGUCAUGAAGCCCGAUACCAAAAAAACCGCAGAGAACGCCCAAGAAGACGCGCUCCUCGAGCACAUUCAAAAACGUAUUCGAAACUUUACCAAGAAAAAACAAAAAAUCGUCAAGCUCAAGGAGCAGGAUGCUGAGGCGCCGGGUUCUUUGAAUGCUGACCAACGCGCGUCUCUUCGGGGUGAAGAGGCUGUUAUGACAGCGUUGCACGAGUUAGAGGAUCUGCAGUCGCUAGUCGUCUCGACGCGUAAUAAGCUCGCCCAGCAGCAGAAAAAACAAGCAGAACGCGAACGUGUCGCACACGAAAAUCAGCUUGCGUCUCGAUACGCGGACGGUCUGGCUGACGGACGCCAGGAGGUGACGAGUCUGGUCCGUUUCCUGCGUUUUGCCAGCUUCAACUGCGUCCAUCCAUCUGCCGACACCGACCUGAACACGGCAGUUGAGAAGCUGCUCGUCCUCGUCUACGAGGGCAGCGAGACCUCCCAGCAGGCAGUCGCCGAUCUGCGUGCCGGCUCCGAGUCCAAGCUCGACGGCACGCCUGUGACGUAUGCCACGCUGGCUGAACGCGUGCAGGCCUUCUUCCGCCCCGAGGAGCCUUCCGCGGAGGAGGACGGCUCGGCCGCGGCCCAGUCUUCUCCAGAGACGACGCCGGAGGAGACGGCACGCUCGUCGCCUCCGGCCCAGGGCGAGCUGGACGCCGAGGCCGAAGCCGCGGGUGUUUCCGCGGUUGAGUCCGGAAACGCCGCCGGCAUUGAGGGCGCGGACAUUGAGCCAACGACGCGUCCGCUGGCGAAGGGCAUCCAAUUCCUGAACGAGAGUGAGAUUGAGGGCACGCAACCGCGCGAGGACGCGCUGCCGGGCGAGUCGUCCGUGCCGCGCUCGGCCAGCAGCUCGUCGAACCCGGCCCCCACAAACGCCGAGACAGAGCUGUAUGAGGACAUUGUGGCCCCCGCCACAGAGCCGGCCCCCACACAGGAACAGAUGCAGCGUGCCAUGUACACUAUGACACCCGAAUGGGUUCGUCCCCACAAUUCGUCUCGCGGACGCGGACGUGGUAGAGGACGUGGACGAGGCCGUGGCCGCGGACGCGGUCGCGGCAACGGUGAGCGGUAGAAACGAUAAUAACGAGUAACGAUUUAUGCACCGAG